AUGUUUUUGGUCGUUUGUGUAGUUUCUAACCUUCCACACCCUUGGCUUGCGAUUCUUUCCAAAGCAGAGAUGUUAGAUCAGAGGAUGGAGUGGGUUCUCAAGUAGAAUGCACUUGCGAAUCCCUCAGAUCAGAUUUUUCAUAGGUAAAGUUCGUUAACUUCAACAACACCACUUUAGUAAACAUGUGAUAAUCAAUCGUCAUAAGCAUCUUCGAUUCAUUUUUAUCUUAUGCAAG